UAUAUACCUCACUCCCUUAGAGUUGUUGAGAUAUUGAAAUCAUGGAAAAUAGUUCAGGAAUUUUAACAACAUUGUUCAUCACCUUUUUACUACUAAUUCCUUCUUGUUGUGUUAUCUUUGUGAAUUGCAAAACCCUUGAAAGUUCAUCACUAUCACUAGAUUUGACGAUCCCAGACAUUUUAGGGUUCUUAGACGAGAGACUAGCUCUUAUAUUCCCAAUAAUUCAAGCAUUCAAGACCACAAUAACUUCUGACCCGUUGGGUAUAACCUCAACAUGGAGUGGUCCAAACAUAUGCAACUACACUGGCUUCUACUGCGACAACCCACCGGACAACAAAACCGCCGUAACCGUCGCAUCCAUAGAUUUCAACGGCUUCCAGCUCUCCGCUCCGUCCCUCGACGGCUUCAUAGACCAGCUCUCGGACUUGGCAAUAUUUCACGCCAACUCCAACAACUUCUCUGGCACCAUUUCUCCGAACAUAGCAAAACUAAAGUUCCUGUACGAACUGGACUUGAGUAACAACCUCCUCUCCGGCGUGUUCCCCGUUUCCGUUCUCAACAUGCCCACAUUGUCCUUUCUCGACAUAAGGUACAAUUUGUUUUCCGGAACAGUGCCACCCAGCAUAUUUACCCAAGCUUUGGACGUACUUUUUCUGAACAACAACAAUUUCGCCCUGACUCUUCCCAACAACUUAGGGGACACAAAGGCUCUCUACCUCACUCUCGCAAACAACAAAUUCACCGGCCCCAUUCCACGAAGCAUCAGAAAAGCCUCGGCCACGCUGACCGAGGUUCUCUUCCUCAACAACCUCCUGACCGGUUGCCUGCCCUAUGAGAUCGGGUUCUUGAAAAAGGCCACCCUCUUCGACGCCGGAAACAACCUCCUCACAGGGCCGUUGCCGUCCUCCUUGGGCUGCUUGGAGAGCGUGGAGCAGCUAAACCUAGCCAGGAAUCUGUUGUAUGGACAAAUUCCGGAAGUGGUGUGCGCACUUGGUAACUUGGCGAAUUUGUCACUGUCCUAUAACUACUUCACCAAGGUGGGACCACUGUGCAGGAAUAUGAUUAAGAAGGGUGUUGCUGAUGUGAGGAAGAACUGUAUUUCGGGGCUUCCGAAUCAGAGAUCGGCGCAGGAGUGUUUUGCGUUUUUCUUGUCGCGGAGAAGUUGCGGGAACCCGGCGUGGUUUAACUUCUUACCGUGUAAGAUUCCGCCGUGGAAGAAACCUAAUAGUGAGAGCAAUAGUACAGUAACAACGACGAGGAAGAGGAAUUUGCUUUCAUAUUCUGCUCCUUUCAGAAAUAGAGUGCUUUUGUAGCAAUAUAUAUCUAGUGGAUGAAGGAUAUAUACGUAUAACUUGAAAAAGAACGUAAAAAGAGAACUUCAUGGGAAAAUGAGAACAGACUCUAGUAGAUAGCUAUGCUAAUAAUGUUUGUAUUUAACUAUCUAAAAAUUAAUAUUAGUAAUGUUUGUACUUGACAAAAUGGCUAUGCCUUUGU